CCUCGGUGAAAAAAGGGUAGCUGUAAGGCAAAUAGGUGAUGGAAAUGGCAUGGAAGUUUGCAGUAGAAAUGGCUAAAUAGUCGAGCCUGACCUUUAUUUGGGACUCAAAAACUCGAUCAGCUGAUGACUCCAAACUAGCUGCCAUUUUCAGGUCAUUCGAGGCAUUUCGCUAACUUGUUUCAAGCUCCAGCCAGUUGUAUAAGCUUGCUUAAUUCGUCUACUAAUCGCCCACUGGGAUGGGGAAAUCGCUUUGUCCUGUGCUGGCAAGUGGUGGAAUAUAAAUCAUGAUGGCUGAUGGAUGUUGCAGAGGGAUGGAAAGAGGCAAGGGUAAGAUUGCAUCAGAUUCUUUAUCGAGACCCACAUUUCCUCAGCAGUUUGUCCAGACCGGAUCACAGCAGCUUGGCAAUGACAUCCAGGAGUUAGCCUCCAAACGCGUCGACAUCCAGAAGAAACGUUUCUAUCUGGAUGUGAAGCAGAGUGUACGUGGACGCUUCCUCAAAAUAGCCGAGGUGUGGAUUGGAAGAGGCCGUCAUGAUAACAUCAGGAAGAGCAAACUGACGCUGUCCAUGUCGAUGGCUCCCGCUCUACGCUACUGCCUGGGAGACUUCAUAGAUUAUUACGCCCGGAUCGGGCUGCGGGGAAGCCUCGCGCCUCCGCAGCUGGAGGAGCACAGCAACAAUGGUCAGGGCCGCGCGCACGAUUUCCGCAGGAGAGCUCAAGAGCACCACACGGUGCUGUCUCCCACCGGCUCUGCGCUGUCCGACGACCAUGCACACCGCGUUCUUAAGAGCGAAUUCAUCGAGAGAGAUAACAGAAAGUACUUUCUGGACCUGAAGGAGAACCAGAGAGGUAGGUUCCUGCGCAUACGACAGACUGUCAGCAAAGGACACGGCACGAUGGGCUACUACGGGCAGGGCAUCGAGCAGACCAUCGUGCUGCCUGCUCAGGGGCUCAUUGAAUUCAGAGACGCGUUGUCACAGCUGAUUGAAGAUUACGGCGACGAAGACAGCGAUGACCGCGGCCGAGCUGCAUCCAGAAACCACGACGACAACCCCGAGCUUCCAGAGGCUGCGUCCUUUCGGGUGGACAACAAGAGGUUUUACUUUGACGUCGGUUCUAACCGGUAUGGUGUAUUUUUAAAGAUUAGUGAAGUGCGACAGCCGUACAGAAAUACCAUUACAGUUCCCUUAAAAGCCUGGGCUAGAUUUGGUGAGAAUUUCAUCAGAUAUGAAGAAGAGAUGCGGCGGAUUUUCUCCUGUCACAAAGAGAAGAGGACAGACGCGCGACAGGACAGCGAGGAGCAGGAGGACUGAUCUGAUCAGUAGGCUGUGUAGGUGCUUUUGCAUGUAUUCUAGGGAUUCUGUUAGUGAAGAAAAUAUCCAGAGCCGACAGUAAGCCCAAAAUACAUGAUGUACUGUACGUAUCCCUACAAUACUACACUAGAUGCAGUGUCCCUCGUUCACUUUUUGGCUCAUCUACCAAGGGCUGGUAAACAAAAAUGUAACCUGCCAAGAAGUCAUUCAUUCAUAGCCUAAUGCCUACAUCCAGUCACUUUCCAAACAUUUCAUUUCUCAAUGCAA